AUGGUCUCUGUGAGCUGCCAGGACCUGCUGCCCUCCCUGCCCGGCCCUCCCCUGCUCCAGAGCCUGGCCAGCGCCCUGCAGUGCAGGAUGGCACCGUCCCUUCUGCCAGGACACGGCGGUGACAGGACGUGUGGCCACCCCAAGGGCCCUGGGCACGUCCUGGCGGGUGGCACCGGCCAUGCCGAGCCUGUCCCGCUGCCCAGGGCCAAGGAGGAGCCCCCCAAAGCCCAGCUCAGCCAGGCUCAGCUCAGGCUGCCCGACUUCUGCCUCCCGCAGGACCUCACCCCCACGCUGGAGGAGAUCGAGGAGCUCCUCAGGGAGGCACAGCCCCACAGGGAUGAGGCAGGAGAUCCUCACCCCACGGGGUGGAAGGUGGAGAGCAGAGCUGAGCUUGGCUCUGGGACACAGCCCGGAGCACACGAGGGAGGAGCAGGACACGUCCCAGAGGCUGCGGGGACAGCUGUUGGUGACCGCAGCAUCCCCGUUGUCCUGCAGCUCCAGCCUCUCCCCACGGACAGUGUCACCACCCCGGCACAGCCCGGGGGUGUCAGGCUGACCCAGCUGCUGAUCAGCCUGCAGAGCCCAAACCUGCCCGUCCUCCCUCAGCUCCAGCCCCCCGGCACCAUCCUGGACCCAAACCACGUCCCAAUUGUCCCUCUGCCGGCGGCCCCGGGGCCGUGCGGGGCCCCCCUGCCCCGCUGCUCCCAGCCGGGCUGCGGGAAGCUUUGUUCCAAGAGCUCCUGCCCUCCUUAG